AGAAACAGGUACGCCUUACGUGGAGAUGACCGCGGCGCAAGAUCGCCUCGACUUUUGAGCAUUGCCCUCGUACUUCCCUUGACAACUCACGUGGAAGCCACUCCCUGACGUACAUACACGCACCGCUACGUGUAAACAGUGUUAUGCGACAAAGCCAAAAAAAAAAGAAGUAGUAAAGAACUUCGUUUGCCGUUUAUUCAUCUUUUCCCUUUUCUUCUCACCUUUCAAAGGUGUCGAGUGUACGGCGGCUACUCGUUGCAGAUGCGCUUAAAAGCAACUGAUACGAUGCCACUGACUCUCCUUGAGACUGCGCUCCACUUUUUCUGCUUAGAGUUACCUCCAUCUUCAUCCUUUCGUUCGUUUUUUUUUUCUAAUGUUUGGGCAUCGCUCUAUUAGAGAUGACGACGGGCCGCAGCAGACGGAGACGCAAGGGCCGGUGAUGGGCGCGAGUGCCAACUCGAACCGCACCGCGGCCUACGAGGAACCGUCCGGCAUUUUCGGCUUUGUCUCCGGUCGAUUUCGCCGCUCGCGUCGCAAAACGAAAAAGCUGGUCAGCGGGGAAGGUCUCCCCUUGCAUGAGAAGGGCACGUUCGCGCCGCUGGCCGAGCGCGGCAACGGUGCCGUCGCGUACGAGCACAGUGGCAACUCGAGCAGCAGCAGCAACGAUAGGCGCGAGAAAAGCGGUGGCGGCACGAGAGAAAACAGCGUCAACUAUGCGCAUGGGGCAGAGAGAGUUGUGGACGUCAACUCCGCCCCUUCCCAAGGUGGAGAGAACUCAAAAGAGACAGCAUCUUCGCAAAACACACGCACACUGCACGGCCGCGAGGCGGUGGGCUCCGGCACGGUCCACGUGGCUUCCUCGUCUGCCUCGUCCACCUCUACCAACUCAAGCAACACCGAGUACGCGCCUCCGUCCGUCAACGGCAAAGACGACGGAAACGCAAGAGACAGCGGCAGCCGACCUCUCUCUCGCAGGAACCGGCAGGCCCCGCUGCCGCCUUCUGACCCACCGGCACACGCCCUGAUGGCUGCGGCAUCUUCGCGCUCCGACCAAACCGCAAAAGAUCGCAUGACGGAUACGAAAAAUGAGAAACUUUCGUCUUCUUCCGCCAGCGUGACCACCGCCACGUCAAGCACUUCUGACUCGGAGUCAGACUCACAGUCACACAGUGAUGACGAUGACGAUGCGGACAGCGUUGGCCGUGGCUCUUCGAAGAUAUCGGACCAAAGCGAGGGCCCGUCGUCGCGGGUGCGAUUCAGCAACUCGGAUGUGCGCCGCCACACGCUACUCUCCCCGGCCAGCCCCACCUAUUACGCCCCUACUCGAGAUGUACGAUCGUCGCUGGUGAGCACGAUGGACGUGGACGUCGCCGUGGUGCGGGAGCGACGCCGUCAGCGGCAACACCAACUCUACCUGCAGACCGCCUUGCAUCAGCAGGUGACGGCGGUGGCGCCCAACGCCCUUGCACGACCGGUGGAACGCAGUUUUCUUCAGCAACGCGCGGACACGGUGUACCAACGACACAUGGACGCCUUUGUGGAGAGCUACCUCUCUGCCCCACGGUACCGCACGGCGUUGGCACAGUUCCGCAAACAUUUGACUGUGCCGGAGCAGCAGCUGCGCACGGCAGACGCACGAGAGCACUACCGACGCGCAACGGAAAUCAUCGCGUCACGCGCACGAGACGAGUCAGCCGCAGGUCGCACAGGCGACUGGUGGAGAGUAGGCAACGCCGUUGGCGGCGACACGAAGGAUGACGACGGCGGCGUCUACUCCAACGGAGCCGCUGCACACGCCGUAAAGAGCGGGGCCGAUCGUUACCGUUUGGAGAAAACGGACCUCGAGCUGCUCGCGGGGGAUAGUGCGCGACGUGCUCGUCUGCUGGACGACACACUGCCGUGGCGUCCCAUCGACUUCGACGCGACCGGCAUUCGACUGGAAGCACUGGAGCACCUGCAAGCCGAUUUGGGCGGGACUGACGCCUUGACGGGCGGCGGCGGCAGCGGCGCUCCUGCCGUGGGCGGGUCGGUCAACCUCUUAAUUGAAGUGCUGAUCCUGACGGAGAUGGAUGUGCCCUUCACCUCCAUCAUCCCCACGGUGAACUACACCAACGUUUUUCUUUUGCUUGCCUCGCUCUUUGUGCUGCCGGAGGUGCUCCUGACAAAGCUUAUUCGCUUCUACCGCAGUGUGCGGGUGUGGGAGGCCCAAGUUGCCGACACGAGCCGGGCGAUUUACCUGGAGCGUCGCAUCCUGCAGUGCAUCUUGGUGUACUGCCGCGUGCACGAAACGGACCUAACGCUGUCCUGUCUGCAGCGCCUCGCCGUCUUCGCCGCCUCCGAGGGCUUUCUCGGCCCCGUGAACGUCCUGAACGACGCGGUUGGCAAAGACCAAUGGCCGUGCCAGGAGGGCGUGUACUGCGCCGCUCGCCGACGUGCCGCUGUCUGUGCGCAGGCGGCGGCGGCUGCAGCGGGUACGGUACCGACGUCCCCCACAGGGCCCGGUGGCGGCAGUAGCGCGGGCUUUGGCCACCUGCGGCACUACAAACGUCAUGGCUCCACGGACGCUCGCCGGGCUGCCGAUCUCGGUAUUGCGGGUUUAUUUCCGCAGCGCAACUCCCCUUUCAACCCGAACGCGAUGCUUAACCCCGCCACUCGCGCCCCCCUGCAAAACGAGGUGGGGCAGGCGCUGCUGGAGUUCAUUGUGUACCUACAGCGCACCAUCGUCGUGUACUACCGCCCAAUCGAUGUUCCCGCCGACUGUCUGAAGUCCCUGCCGUUCGCGGUGGAGGGACCGGCGCGGAUGUUUGUGGACACGUUAGUGCUGCGGCCGAGUCUCGGAUGCACGUCAUUGUCUCUGCGCAGCGCCAUGACAGCCGACCCGCGUCUCGCGCCGGAGCCAUUCGCGUCGGCUGUUGGAGGCGGCGUCGGCAGCUCCACCGGGCACCCGAGCAGCAGCAGCGGCGACCCCUCGCGCGACUACCGAUACCGCGGUGGUGGUCUGUCCACUCAGUUCCACGACGGGGGCGCGAGUGCAGAUCGCCGUGCCGCGUCGCACGGCUCCAGCGAAGCGCGGCCGGGUCUGGGGCCGGACGGACGCGAGAUGGCAGCAACAGGCGGUGGUGGUGCCGCGGCCGCCGCCGCCUCGCCGCAGGCUUCUACGCUGGAAACGACGGUGCUGCAGAAGCCGCUCUCGGUGGUCGACCUCGACGCGGAGUUGCUGUCACGGCAGAUCUGCCUUCUCUCCUUCAGUCUCUUCACCGCCGUGCACAUCCGCGAGCUGCUGAACAAUGCGUGGACGGACGCCGCCAUGAAGUUCAGCGUGUCGACGAAGCUGACGGAGCUGAUGGAGUUCUCGUCGCACCUGCAGCGGUGGACCGCCGCCGUUGUCCUCACACCCGCGACGUGGGCCGAGUGCCAGCGUGGGCUGCGCUACUUCCUCGAGGUGUGUCGGAUGCUGUACGAGCAGCAAAACUAUGAAAUGGCGGCCGCCAUUUUGGAAGGCGUGCGACACCCUUCGGUGGACUUCCUGGAUCGCGCCUUCGCCGAGGCUCGUGGGCAGGGUCUGCUGUCGCCGGUGGAGCGUCGUGAGCUGGAGACGCUGCAGGAGUUGAUGGAUCCUUUUGCGUCGUACAGCCCCUCUUCGCUCUACUCCGUCACGGCGCGUACGGUGGGGGACAUGGAGACGCCCAUGCUUCCGCGCCUCUCGCCUAUAUUGGGCGUUAUCUUUCGCUCUGAGGAAACCAGAGGCAAAACGGUGUCCAUUCGCAGCAGUGACGGGCAGGCCGUGGUGAACUGGAGUAAAGUGACGGGCCUCGGCAAAAUGGUGGUGCUGUGGAUGCGUUGCCAGCACACACCCUUUGCCUUCCCAGUGGACCCGGAGAUACAGGAGUUCUUGUGGUCCACCAUGAACCAUCAGUGGACAGACGCGUUGCUCAUGCGGGCCGCCCGCCGCGCGAAACAGUAG